GCAGCAUCGAUGCUCGUCCGUCUCUGCGCGCUCGGCGCGCUGACACAUGCCGCGCGGCCCACACGCGUCGUCGGCCGGCGGCCCGCGCUCGCCGGCGCCGCCGCGGCGAUCGCCUGUCCCGCGCGCGCGAACCCGCCGCCGGUCGACACCGACCGCGUCGCGGUCCCGGAGCUGCCGCAGCAGCCGCGGGGCCUGAAGCUCAAGAACGGCCUGAAGUUCACAGACGGUACAGUGGGGCCUGGUGAAAAAUUGCGCUGGGGCCAGGUCGUGAAGAUCAAGUACGUAGCCUACACGCGGGAGAGUGGCGACGCGCCCCUGAAGCGCUACGACGCUUCUGACGCGUAUCUAGUGAGGCACGGCAACGGGCGGGACGUGCGCGGCUUGGAUGAGGGCAUACAUACCAUGCGGGUCGGAGGGACUAGGCGUGUGGAGGUGCCGCCCAAUCUGGGCUACACGGCGCCAGGAUUAGGACCGAUGCCCGAGUCCGCCGGCGGGCGCCGGACGUUGGACAGGGCUCUAGAUGACAUGGCGGGGAAGCCGGGCGCGGCUGUAGUGUAUGACGUCGCCGUGCUGAGCGCUUGGACGGAUGACGCCGACGCGGGCUAUUACGCCGACGAGUCGUUUUCGGGCGACGAGAUUCAGGUCAUCGUCGGGAAGGCCGAGAAGAUCGGGCGCGGGCUCGCGAAGGCGGCCGGGGAGUAAGAGUGUGAGAUAUCAUGUUGGGCACGGGUUUUUCAGGCUGG